AAAGAACAAAGGCAAGAGGGGGGACGAGUAGGAGGAUGAAGCUAUAGAGAGAGUGUGACACACUCGUUGACCACUGUAGAACGAGAGCCUAUAGAGAGAGACACGAUGGAGCUGAAUCUAUCCGAGAGUUCGACCAGAUCAAUUCGUUGCAUCGUGAAACUUGGAGGUGCGGCGAUUACGAAGAAGAACGAGCUGGAGGAGAUUCACGAUAAAAAUCUGGAGACUAUGGCGUGUCAGUUACGUCAGGCCAUGAUGAAGGGUUCAGCUUCAAGUAAAGUUAUUGGAAUGGAUUGGAGCAAGAGACCUGGAAGCUCUGAGAUUGCUUGUGAUGUUGAUGACUUAGGUGAUCAGGACUCUUCUGAGUUUAGCAAGUUUGUUGUCGUUCACGGCGCAGGUUCCUUUGGACACUUCCAGGCUAGUAGAUCGGGUGUUCACAAAGGAGGACUUGAGAAACCUAUUGUUAAAGCUGGUUUUGUUGCUACUCGUAUAUCUGUCACAAAUCUUAACCUUGAGAUUGUACGAGCUCUUGCCCGAGAGGGUAUUCCUACAAUCGGCAUGUCUCCAUUUUCAUGUGGUUGGACAACCUCCAAAAGAGACGUGGCUUCUGCGGAUCUAUCAACAGUAGCUAAAACAAUCGAUUCAGGUUUUGUCCCUGUUCUCCAUGGAGAUGCAGUGCUAGACAAUAUGCUGGGCUGCACCAUAUUGAGUGGUGAUGUUAUCAUCCGUCAUCUUGCAGAUCAUUUGAAGCCAGAAUAUGUUGUCUUCCUCACAGAUGUACAUGGUGUCUACGAUAGACCACCUUCAGAGAUUGAUGCUGUCCCCUUGAAAGAGAUCGCUGUUGCAGAAGAUGGAAGCUGGAAGGUUGUGAAUCCAGUGUUGGACCACACAAACAAUAAAGUUCAAACCUCUGUUGCGGCUCAUGAUACAACCGGUGGGAUGGAAACAAAGAUAUCGGAAGCUGCUAUGAUUGCAAAACUUGGAAUCGAUGUUUACAUUGUGAAGGCUGCGACUCCUCAUUCACAAAGAGCGCUCAAUGGAGAAUUGAGAGAGAGCGUACCUGAUGAUUGGUUGGGGACAAUCAUCAGAUUCUCAAAGUAGAAAUAAACUAUGGCACGCACACUGAUUCCAGUGAUUAUUCAAAAGAGAUAAAAUCUUGUAUCAGUUACCAAACUUUGUGCAUUGAUAAGAUCGUGUGUUGUGAGUACUUCUCUUUGCAUUCUUCGUUUGCAAUGACUUAAGUGAUAACAAAGUUGCUUAAACUUACCAACCUUUGUGAUAAGCAUAACAAGAUAAUGAUAAUAAUAAGGGAAUAAGAAUCUCAGAGGGAAAAUUCUCUGUUUAAAACACGAAACUUUUAAACAAUCCAAAACCAAUAAUAGAUAAUGGUCGUCUUCCAACAAGUAACACACAGAAAUGGUCUAAAUUAGAGAAAAAGGAAGAAAAAAACAUGUUUUUGUUCUUAUAACAAAAGGGGUAAUAAUAAGAUUAUCCUCUCGUGUGUAAAGAGAAUGACACUUUGAUUACUUGCCACCACCAACUUCCUUGACGGCACAGAUCUGCUCCUCUCCCAUGGAAGACAUAACAGACACCACAACAUCUUUUCCUUCCUCGAAUCCACUCUUCAUCUGCAUUACAAAAACCACACCACAAUUGUUUUCAAUAUCUAUCAAAAUCUCAAGGUUGAUAAAAUGUAUGAAAAGACAAGAAAUUAACCAGAGCGCUAAGAUUGUCAUCGGUGGGAAGCUUGAGGUCAUCCUUAGUGCCACCACUGUCGGUCAAAAGGCUAACCUAUAAAUGUGAACCAAAUAAAUAUUAACAACUUGGGAGAGAUAAACAAAGAUGGGAUCAUAACAAAAAAAAGUGAGAGAGAAAAAACAUACAAAUCCAUCCUCAGAGAUAUC